AUGCCUACAUUCAAUCAAUUGAUUCGUCAUGGUAGAGAAGAAAAACGGCGCACGGACCGUACUCGAGCUUCGGAUCAAUGUCCCCAGAAGCAAGGAGUAUGCCUGCGUGUUCCGACGAGAACACCGAAAAAACCAAAUUCAGCUCUACGUAAGAUAGCCAAAGUACGGUUGAGCAAUCGACAUGAUAUAUUUGCUCACAUUCCAGGCGAAGGUCAUAAUUCGCAGGAACAUUCUAUAGUCUUAGUCAGAGGAGGUAGAGUGAAAGAUUCGCCAGGUGUGAAAUCCCAUCGUAUUCGAGGAGUCAAGGAUUUGCUGGGAAUUCCGGAUCGCAGAAGGGGCAGAUCUAAAUAUGGUGCAGAAAGACCAAAAUCGAAAUGA